UCUCCUAUGCUCUCCUUAACAAGUCAGUCCUUACCUGUUCUUGAAUGCCAUCCUGGUGGACAUCAGAUCCUGAGGAGCCCUUAUCGAAGUGUUGAUUUUGAUUCAUCUCACCUGCAGCAAUCAGCUAUUCAGGAUUUAAUAUGUGACCAUUCCCUGACACCAGGAUGGUACCGCUUUAUGAUUUUUGAUAAGCCGGCUGAGAUGCCAACAAAGUGUGUGGAGAUGAACCGCUGCGGUACUCAGGCGCCUGUCUGGCUGUCCCUGGCGGAGCCGGCGUCCAUGCCGCGGCCGGGGGAGAUCAGGUGGCUCACGGCGUGUGCUACGUGGCAGUUCUUCUUCAGCGCGUCGAGAGACUGCUGUCUUUUCCGGAUCCCCGUCAGCGUGAGGAACUGCGGAGGUUUCUUUGUUUACCUGCUGCAGCCCACCCAAGGAUGCAUGGGCUACUGUGCCGACGAACAAUUUACCGUUGUUGUAUAUGCAAAGCCACAGACCUGUGAUCCUGGAGGAGUAGAAAUUCAAGGCACCUGUAGCAGUAAACUGGCUCCUUCAUCAUCUGCAUCUGUGUUGCCACCACUACCAUCUACCCCUGAAGUUAUAGCAGAGUUGAUCAAAGGAAGCGUAUACCUAAGGUGCACCUUUGGCAUUCCUUUUGCAAACAGCUCGGUUGGAUUUAUUGUAGCUUGGUCCAGGCUUUCUCCUGAAGGUGUCAAAGAAGAAUUGAAACGUGAGACAGGAGUUGAUACAUUCUCACUUUUAGAACUAGAUGGCAUAAACCUCAAACUUGGAGACAGAGUUUACUGUAGCAGUUCUGCUUUUCUCUUGGAGAAACCAGAUAUACAGAGCUCUCCUGUUGAGAGCAAGGAAUUUUUUGCUGGCAUUAAGAUAUAUCCAGAAACUUAUAGUAUAUCAGAAGAUGGGAAGGAAUACAGACUGGCAAUAGAAAGUAGAAUUCCUAUUCCUUGUCGUGAGUUUGGGCAGCUUGAAAAUGACUGCAAAAUUUCACUAACAUUAAAUACUGUUGACCAAGGUGAAGAACAGUUAGGUUUAAACUUGGCCCUUUCUUCUUGUCAUGUGGAUCUUCUCCAGAAACCCUGCAAUAAUGGAAUUUGUAGUCAAGCUGUAAGUUACUUCACUGCUGUGACAGACUUCAGGCAGGAUGGAGACAGAACUACCAGGAUUGUGGUGGAACCUAUAUCCAGUGAUAAUUUCCUGUGGAAUGGCUACACUCCAGAAAGCACACAGAUUACUGUAAAGGAUCUACCCACUGCUUACUGCUACUCAUUUACUGAUCCUCAUAUAAUUACAUUUGAUGGAAGAGUCUAUGACAAUUUUGAAACAGGAACGUUUGUUCUCUAUAAGAGUAUGUCUCGAGAUUUCGAGGUUCACGUUCGCCAGUGGGACUGUGGAAGUCUUCACUAUCCAGCCUCCUGUAACUGUGGCUUUGUUGCCAAAGAAGGAAGUGAUAUAAUUGCAUUUGACAUGUGCAGUGGUCAGCUACGUGAGUCACAGCCACACUUAUCUGUAAUAAGUAGAGACACAACUGGAAGCAAUGUCAGGAUCACUGAAUCCUACCUUGGAAGAAAAGUAACAGUUUUGUUUUCUUCUGGAGCUUUCGUUCGUGCUGAUGUGAGUGAAUGGGGAAUGAGCAUAACGCUUAGGGCACCCAGUUCAGAUUACAAAAAUACAAUGGGACUCUGUGGCACCUUUGACGGAAGUGCAGAAAAUGACUAUCACACUGCAAGUGGGAUGGAAAUCCCAAACAAUUCUAAUGUUCCUUUUUCUUUUAUUAACGAGUGGAGAAUUUCACCAGGAGACAGCUUGUUUGACAAGACACCUGCUUCUUUAACAUCUUCUACAAAAAGAGCCUUCUGUGACUGCACACUUGAAUAUGCUGGACUGUAUCAACCUGAAAACAAACUAGAGUCAGUGUCUAAAUCAGAAUUUCCUCUCUCUUGCAAAGAAAGUGAGAAUAGUAGAUUUCCUUCUUUGAUACCAGGACUGGAUGUCACUGCUGAGUAUCUCAGUCCUAUUGAUCUUGUCAGAGGCUUAAAGAAACGUUCGUCUGCACAUGAAAUGGAUUCUUCUUCACUUCUGCAGAGGAACAGUCAAUCUGAGAAGCAAACCACGUUUCACAAAAUAUCACUGGUAAACACAAGUUCAGUAGAAAACACUUGGAUAGAAAGACAAGGAACUUCAAGCUCAGGCAUUAGAAGAAAUCCUCACAGUUACAGGGCUCAUCUUCUCAAAGGCCAAUCUAAUACAAGUAGAGGGAAACGCCAAAAUUAUUAUGAAUACCGUCCAGUAUUUCCAUUCCAAAGUCUUAGCCAAACAGACUUAGAAGGGUAUAGCUAUUUUUUUCCGGAGGACCACACCAGUGAUACGCACCAAAAGUUUCUUCCUUCCUGGCCCACACCUUCAGGCCUGACUGAGUCGAGUGCUUUGGGAUUGUGCCAACAGGCAAUAGUUAAUUCCAGUAUAGGAAGAUCUUGUGGUGGCCUUCUUGGUAGGCGAUUAGAAGAUGCAAUAGACAUGUGCGUUAAAGAUUUGCUGCUGAAAGAUGACCUCAGCUGGGCAGAAGCUUUCUUACCUCUUCUAGAGAAUGAAUGUGAGAAGAGAGUUUUAGAAGAAAUAAAUUACAACCAACAGGAUCUUCAAGGGUCAGUUGAGAACCUACUUAUUGCCUUAAAAUGUCCCAAUCUCUGCAGUGGUAAUGGAGAAUGUAUAGAAUGGGGUUGUGCAUGUUUUCAAGGCUAUAGCUCUUAUGACUGCAGCAUACUGUCUGACCAGGUUCCAGAAAUUACAGAGCUGGAGAAUGCUGGGUUAUGUGAUAUUCGACAGUAUGACUGCACGUCGGUGAGAGCUUUUGGACAUGGCUUCAGGGAGUCAUCAGCUCUGAAAUGUGAAAUUAGCAAAUUACAGUAUAAAGAUAGCCAGUGGAUUCUUGGAGAACCUCUAAUUAUGCCAGCUGCCUUCCAAAGUGCCAGGACUGUCGACUGUCAGUUACCAAGCGAUGGCCAGCAGUCUGAUGUCAUGGAUCUUGUUGAUGAUAAACCUGUUGCCAGGUGGCAAAUAAAGAUUUCCAAUGAUGGAUUCAUUUAUAGCAACUCUAAAACAAUGAUAUUGUAUGAUGGAGCCUGUCAAAUAUGUGAACCACAGGAAUCAGGGUUAUGUACAUUAAAGGAGAAAACAUGCAACAUAAAUGGACUCUGUUAUGGUGAAGGUGAUACAAAUCCAAGCAGCCCUUGCUUACUCUGCAGACCUGACAUAUCAAAGUUAACUUGGUCAGUUGUUGAAAACAACCAACCUCCAGUGCUUCAAACUUUUCAGGGAAUGCUACAGACUUUCUAUGGAGAAGAUUUCGUAUAUCAAUUUUUGGCUUCAGAUCCAGAGGGCUCUGCUAUUCUUUUUACAUUGGAGUCUGGUCCUGAAGGUGCCAGUCUUUCCCCAUCAGGUCUCCUUUUAUGGAAAGCUAUAUCUAAGAAUCCCCAUAAAUUAACAUUUUCCUUGACAGAUGACUGCAAUGCAGAGACAAAGGUAGAAAUAGAGGUCAAUGUAAAAUCAUGUGAUUGCCUAAACAAUGGCUCAUGUGUGACAAAUAUUAAUUUCCCUCCUGGAAGUGGAAGAUACCUUUGUGUAUGUAUGGCUGGAUUUAAAGGUGAUCUCUGCCAAGAGAAUACUGAUGAAUGUAAACCUAACCAAUGUGGUGCUGGCAGAUGUGUGGAUGGAAUAAACAGCUAUUACUGUGAAUGUCCACCUGAACUUCAAGGUAAAAAUUGUCAAGAUGACGUAGAUGAAUGUGAAUCCAGUCCUUGCUUCCCUGGAGUGUUUUGCUUCAAUACUUUUGGUUCUUACCAUUGUGGUCCAUGCCCAAAUAAUCUGCGAGGAGAUGGGAAAUCAUGUUACGAAAGCUUUGAAGACAUUAAUGUUGAAGGAGAGGAUUCCACAAGAGAAACUGGAGGGAAAAAAGCUUUUCAACAACUGUUCUUUGACAAGGCAGUAAGUGUCUCAAGCUAUAUUCCUUAUUCUACGGACAUCUCCGAAAGAUUUAUUUCUACAGAAGCGGCCAGUAGCAGCACUCCACCAGCCUACAUCUGGAAAUCAUUUAAUUCUCAAAGAGGUGCUUCUGUGAAAUCUGCUGUUCCUGGAAACGUUGGCCAUACUGUCGGCACCAGCAGCGGUCACCUUGCUCACGCAGAAGAGGGCUCAGUAAAUGCUGUGGUGGCUGCAUCAUCAGGCAGCCAGGCUGUACUACCUGAGAAGAAAACCAGGACACAGGUUGAGGCCCACAGUUAUUUUGAGACUAGCAGGAAGGCUUCUCUCAGCAGCAGAAUAAAUAUAAGCAAAGGGCCUUCUUUGCCGAGCAAAGCCUUCAGAGGAGGAAGUGCUCACAGAGUUCAACAGCUGUUAGCCAAGCAUAAAGCUAGUCCUUUGCCAUCUGUUCUUGCUGAAAUCACUGUUCCACCAAAAACAUUUACUGUAACAUCAAAUGAAACAGUGAUGCCUAAAGCGGUAACCUGUUCUGAUUUACCCUGUUUUCCUGGCGUACGUUGCGAACCAAGUCAGGAUGGACGUAUCAGAUGCGGCCGUUGUCCUUACGGUUACUAUGGAAAUGGUAUUACUUGCAGAGCAAUAUGUAGACAAACAUGUGGUAAAAAUAUGGAGUGUGUGGCACCCAAUGUUUGCAAAUGCAAGCCUGGUUACUCUGGUUAUAACUGUCAGGAUGGUGAGUAUGGCAUUUUGAUUUAGUCCAUGGUAGCUAGUAUCAAUGAAUUCAUGAUUUGAAGAUCACUGUUGAUUUUUGCAGCUCUGUGCAGACCUGAUUGUAAAAACCGUGGGAAGUGCAUUAAGCCAAAUGUCUGUGAAUGUCUGCCAGGAUACAGUGGCUCCACUUGCGAGGAAGCACAUUGUAAACCACCCUGUCAAAAUGGAGGCACAUGCUUGGCCAGAAAUCUCUGCACCUGUCCGUAUGGUUUUGUGGGACCAAGAUGUGAAACAAUGGUUUGCAACAGACACUGUGAAAAUGGUGGUGAAUGUCUUACUCCAGAUGUCUGCCAGUGUAAACCUGGAUGGUACGGACCUACAUGCAGUACAGCAUUUUGUGACCCUGUGUGUCUCAAUGGAGGUUCCUGUACUAAGCCAGAUGUUUGCCUCUGUCCACAUGGAUUCUUUGGUGCCCAGUGUCAGAAUGCUGUCUGCAGCCCGCCUUGUAAGAAUGGUGGUCAGUGCAUGAGAAACAAUGUUUGUACUUGUCCUGAUGGGUACACAGGCAUAAGAUGUGAAAAAAGUGUCUGUGAACCAAGAUGUAUGAAUGGAGGAAGGUGUGUAGGGCCAAAUAUUUGCUCUUGUCCCUCAGGAUGGAGAGGAAAAAGGUGUAACACACCAAUCUGUCUUCAGGAAUGUAGGAAUGGUGGUGAAUGUAUUGGACCAAGUACAUGUCAUUGCCCUCCACAGUGGGAAGGAAUCCUGUGUCAAACACCUGUGUGCAAUCAGAAAUGUCUAUUCGGAGGCAAGUGUGUGUUGCCUAAUGUAUGUUCGUGUCGUCCUGGUUAUACUGGAGUCCUCUGUGGGAAGAAAAUUCAGGUACAAAGACAUCAUGGUUGA